AGGGAACAUAUUGUGCAAGUAGGCUUGCUUUUUUGCUUUGAGGAUGAUACUUUUGAUGUUGAUAUUCGAUCUUCUUUUGAGUUGUCUCUGACCAGCAUGAUGACUAGGUAAAUUAGAAAACGACUUUAUUACAUGAGAUAUUUUAAAAAUGGUAUUACAGUUUGCGCUUUUUCUUCCUUUAUUUAAUAGGAAGCAACUCGAAUGUAUUAUGGCUACUGUUGGAGGCAUUUCAACUGGGUGUGUCAGGUGAAGUGCACCGUCGCGUUGAUGUAUCUAUGAUGUUGCAUCCUUUUGCGCAAGAUUCAUUGUAUGUUCGUAUGUUGGCUUUGGAUACUUUGGAAGUUGAAUUCUUUGGAAAGCAAAGUCAUGCAGGCAUGGCUCCUUGGAACGGAAUUAAUGCGGUGGAUGCGAUUAUGCAAGGUUUUGAUAAUAUGGCUAUGCUUAGACAACAAGUACUUCCAAGCAAUAGAAUGCAUGGUAUUAUCACAGAUGGAGGUCAAGCCGCCAAUGUUAUUCCUGCUCAUUCUGCCGCACGACUUUAUGCACGAUCAGUCACACGAAAGCAAUUAGAAGACUUGAAGAUCAAGAUGGAAAAUUGUUUCAAGGCAGCAGCAAAAGCAACUGGAUGUACUUACAAAAUGUCAUGGGGUGCAAAGGGACCAGUGGAAGAUGUUUUUAUGAACACAACUCUUGCCGAAUAUUACAAGGAAUUGAUGGAACGACAAGGUGUUAAAUAUCUCCCUCGUGCUGAAGAAGAACAAAUCAUUGGAGCUUCUACUGAUAUGGGUAAUUUUAGUUAUGCUGUACCUUCUAUUCAUCCUGCUUUUGGUAUUGCCACUACUGCUACUAAUCACACCAAAGAAUUCGCUGAUGCUGCUGCUACUGAAAAGGCUCAUGAACUUACUCUCCGUGCUGCUAAAUGUCUUUCUCUUACUGCUGCUCGUGUUUAUCUUUCUGAAGCUUUCUAUAAGGCUGCUGUUGUGGAUUUUGAAAAAGGAAAACCUGAAUAAAAUAUAUAGUUUAGUUCUUUUUACAUAGUUAAAUUAGAAUAAACUUCUUUUUUUUUUGAACAAUUAUUUGAUUCUAUUCACCAUAAUGUAUUUGUACUCCGUCUGAAAUGCAAGCGAAUAGAAGAUUUUGUCAAACUAGGGACUUGCA